UUCGCUUAAACAAUGACCUUUCUUCCCCAACUUUUUCUCGUUUAGUGUUGAUCUCUGAUAGAAAAGUCCGUUGCCUGAAACAGAAAUGGCUGCUUUCCCCACCGAUGUAAUCACUGACAUACUUUGUAUGCUUCCGGUGAAGGCACUUACUCGCUUCCGAUUUGUGUCAAAGUCAUGGGAUUCUCUCAUAAAAGAUUCUAAUUUCGCCAAACUCCAUCUCCAUCGCACCUUCAAAACCAACAACAACGUCAAGCUUGUUCUCGACACUCUUACAGCUGAUGAUAUUGAUGAUGACAAAGCCUAUUCAGUCGACUUCAACUCGCUAGUCAACUUGGAGCAACUCCCUCGCCCGUUUCCAUCUGGAAGAUCCGGGUUUUCUUCUAGGAUAUUUGGUUCCUGCAAUGGUUUACUUGCUGUAUACCAUGUGGAAGCAGGAAUUGCUUUGUGGAAUCCAUCUACAAGAACAUGCCAUUACCUACCGAAAUUAACGAUGGAAGAUGUGGUGGAGAGAGAUCACGACGUUCUCGGAUUCGGGUACGAUGUGUUCGGCGAUGACUAUAAGGUGGUGCAGAUGAAAGCAUCUGGAAAGUCGGUUAUGAUUUACAGCCUGAAAACUGAUUCAUGGAAGAGGAUCAAGGAUUGCCCUUAUCAAAUUCCUUACGGUGAGAGACAAGACUGUGCAUAUCUCAAUGGUUCCCUGCAUUGGGUAGGUGAUGAAAAAGACAGAUAUUUCGGGGGAAGAUUGAUCUUGGGUCUUGAUCUUGGGGUGGAGGAGUUCCUUCAAGUUCCUGAACCCGACAUCAGUUCCAGGAACUUUAGGUACAAAAAUGUAGGGGUGUUGGGAGGAAGCUUGUGUGUGUUCCGGGAGUAUACGAAUUGUUAUGAUGAAGAUCAUAUCAUUUUGUGGGUGAUGAAGGAGUAUGGAGUUAAGGAAUCAUGGACUCAACUCAUUUAUCUAUCCCGUGAAGAAUGUCGGCUGACAAACAUAUUUUAUACCAGAGCCAUAGCAUAUUGUAGGAGGGGUGAUCGAAUAUUGUUGGACGAUGGUGGUCAGACAGCAUGGUUCGAUUUGGAGAAGCAAACAGGGCGGAUUCUAAGUAUUGCAGGUGCUCCGAGACGCUUUUCUGCAAUGAUUUUCGUAGAGAGUCUUGUUUCUGUUGUACCAAUUCACCAUUGAUUCAAUCAGUU